GAAUAGAAGAAGUAGAAGAAGACAUUGCGGAAGUGCGGCUCCCAAACAGAUUCCCGUUGGAACAGUGGAUUUCUUCACAUCGCCGUCCUCCCAUUAAAUCUCAGACUAACCGUUUACAGCUACGACGAUGGGCACCAGAGAUGACGAAUAUGAUUAUUUGUUCAAAGUGGUCCUCAUCGGCGACUCGGGUGUGGGGAAGAGCAACCUGCUCUCCAGGUUCACCCGCAACGAGUUCAACCUGGAGAGCAAGAGCACCAUCGGGGUGGAGUUUGCCACGCGCAGCAUCCAGGUGGACGGCAAGACGGUGAAGGCCCAGAUCUGGGACACGGCCGGCCAGGAGCGCUACCGGGCCAUCACGUCGGCGUACUACCGCGGGGCGGUGGGGGCCCUCCUCGUCUACGACAUCGCCAAGCACCUGACCUACGAAAACGUGGAGCGCUGGCUGAAGGAGCUGAGGGACCACGCCGACAGCAACAUCGUCAUCAUGCUGGUGGGCAACAAGAGCGACCUGCGCCACCUGCGGGCCGUUCCCACCGACGAGGCGCGGGCCUUCGCAGAGAAGAACGGCCUAUCUUUCCUGGAGACGUCGGCUCUGGACUCCACCAACGUUGAGACGGCCUUCCAGACCAUCCUGACAGAGAUCUACCGCAUUGUCUCCCAGAAGCAGAUGUCGGAGCGCCAGGAGAGCGACAUGUCGCCUAGCAACAACGUGGUCAACAUCCAGGUUCAGCCCACUGAGAACAAACCAAAGAUGCAGUGCUGUCAGAACAUCUAGCCCAGGUCUAUCUGCUGCCCCCCCCCACCCCCCUCCCCCAUCUUCCUCUCCCACCUUCUCUCCACAGCCCCCUCCCCCUCCCCCCCCUUCCCAAAGCCCCCAGAAAAUAGACUGCCUCGGUCGUACUGCGUGGUGUGUGAGCGACGAGCCACAGCUCUCCAGGCUGUGACCCGGACUCUGCACCCCUCUGUGCCCCCCCUCCCCGCCCUUUACCCCCCCCCCCCCCACCGCCCCAGGUAAAUACAUCCCAGUAUAAAACGUCACCGCAUGGGGUGACCCCCCCCCCCCACCCCAAGCAGAGCCCCUCUGUUGUUAGGCUUCUGCAGGACAGCAGGCGUUUCAUAUCACUUUAGCUUCAUUACUGUAGAUGCGCUGACGUGUCACAAAAUGUCUUAAAAUAUGAAUGUGAUUUGUUUUCUUUCUUUAUACUUUGAUGAUUUCUCCAUUUUUUUUCUUGUCUCAUAUAUCUACUUAUGGUAUGUAUAUGAAUUUAAAGCACAUCAAAGUUGCUCUGAAGUGUAUUCCCAUAUGCACCCCCCCCCCCCCCCCCCCCCCCCCACACACACACACAGUCUCUCUUCUUUAGUGCAAUUUACUGUUUUGGAAAAACCACAUGGAUUGUAUCGAGCGCAGCGUACUGAAACAUUCAACCUUUUGUAGCUCUUUGUUGCGCGUAGCGCGUUGCCGCGGUAACGGCAGUCAGACGAGAAGUUCAGGACCGGAUGUAACAACAUUGUGGUGAAAUCUGGAGUUUAAUGUGUCGUUUUUACAGCUGAACGUUAACGUCGGGGAUUCGUGGGCCAAUCGUCACGGCAACGUUGUGAUCAAAGACACGCGUUAGUCCGGCGUAACGAAAGCGCCACGUUGGACUACGAACUAUGCAGAAACCAGCACGUGGCUGUUUGGAGUCCCUGUGCACUUCUACAAAUGGAGGAAUGAAAUCACAGCAGGAGUAAAUGAUUUAGUACCGUCUUAGUUCUGCUCGGCACCGAACCACAGGACCGUAGCAAGGAGACACUUGAGAGGAAGUAGGAAAAGGAAACGCCAGGCUGAACCCGUCGCAAUCUGUCACUCAAUCUUAUCUUCACACGCCUGCUUGAUUUAAGAUUCAUUUCACUGGGAGAAUCUGGACCUCGGUGGCCUUAAAAAAAGAGAGAACAAAGAUGCUUUCGCGACCUCGUUUCCUCGACUCCUCUGACCUCAGAGAAAAGAGUCGAGGAAACGCCCCCCCCCCCCCGUUAGCCCCGCCCCCCGCCCGCCACAUUACGCCUCCGUGCACCAAGCUGCCUCUGACUUCAACAACGCAUGGCUUUCUGUUACGACUGCAACUCCGCGUCGUAUCGCCUUACGUAGCUAACAUUCACCGUCCUGCUGAGUGCUAUGCUAGCUAGCAUGACAGGCUAACUGCUGAGUCUGCGAACCGACGCGAUGCCUGAUGGGGGUUAGCGGCCUGAUGUGUGUGUGUGUGUGUGUGUGUGUGUAUUUAGAGGCAGCGGGUUGAUGGGUAGCUCUGGAGCGUGUGGCGCUCGGCUGGCGGCGCCAGUGGCGUUUUCUGGGGGGUUUCUUUCCUUUUCCUGGAACAGGACGGCGGCGGCGCCAGCCGAGCUCCUCCGGACUCACUUAGCCGGCAAUCCGUGGACUAUUUCCUCCCUCCUGGAAAUCUGAUUUCUGAUCCUGCGUCACGUACCUCCAUUGUUCUGUGUUUGUUUUUUUUGUUGCUGUUUUUUUUAAGCCGUGUUAUCUUUUUUUUUUUACUAUAUAGAACUCUAUAACUGACUGUAAUUCCAGUAUAAACGUAUUUGGAAUGAAAUGUUAUUUCAACGGAUUUGAAGGGGUUAAAUGUGAGAGGGGAGUCAAAAUGAAUGGUUUUAUGUUUUUGUACAGAUUGAUAAAUUGUACAAUUGUGUCUAUAUCUUAAGUUAUCAGUUCAUCUUAAUAAAGCGCACCAGUCAUAAACCUUUUUA